GCUAUUACAGAACCAAUUAUGCACCAUUAUACUUGCUUUUUUUUUGCAGUUUAUAUGAUUUAGCCCAAUCCCGCGCCCCGACUUGAAAUUUUCAGCGAGUGCUUAAAGCGCAAAUUGCAGGAGGCGGGAACCGCGCGGUGUCUGCUCCCGACUCUAAUGCGUUUUAGAAAUAAUUUCAUAGCGUCCCCUGCACAUCAUUUACUGAGGGAAGCGGCGUAAAUCGAUGCACCCCUUGCUAUACAAAGCCAAUUUCGACCAGUCUGGUGUGACACGAUGUUCUAUUUCCACUGCCCGCCGCAGUUAGACGGGGAGUGUUGUCGGACCAAUUCCUUGAAUUCCAGCGGUUUUGGGGGUCACAGCACCAGCGAUUUCGAUGACGGUUUCCUCCGGAGAAAGCAACGUCGGAACAGAACAACGUUCACCCUUCAGCAGUUAGAAGCUUUAGAAGCCGUCUUUGCACAGACACACUAUCCAGACGUAUUCACCAGGGAGGAACUCGCAAUGAAGAUAAAUCUCACUGAAGCAAGAGUCCAGGUGUGGUUCCAAAACCGAAGAGCGAAGUGGAGGAAGACGGAGAGAGGGAGUGCGGAGCAGGAGGCGGCGAAGGAGAUUUCAGGAGAAGCAUCGCCGCCCAUGAGGAACAUGAACUCUCCCUCCCAAAUGGAGCAAAGCAGGAACAAGAAGGAGUCUUUAGAAAUGCAACAAAACCUCAGCAGGGCGGUGGGUCCGGCCGGGCCCUUCUUCCCUUCGUGUCUGCCCACCACACUCCUCAACACCGCCACCUACGCCCAAGCUCUCACCCAAGUUGCAACGUUGAAAGCACAGAAACUCCGAGCAGGCGGUGGGACUGCCUCCGUCCCUUCACGCCCGCUGAUUCCCCCCCAUCGAUGCCCCGAAGAAACAUCACAUCGCCCAUUCGGUGUAAAGCGAAUCGUUGGCGGCUGCAGUAACUGCACCGACUCGCUCGCAGAGCAGCCUCCGGGCGCGGGGUUGUUUUCAGACACCACUGAUGCUGUCUCCUUGCUGAUCCAACCGAGCUCUGAUUUUAAAAUAUUAAAUGCGGCUAGGAAUAAAGUGAAGAUCAGGAAAUUCCCUGUGUUCCUGCUGCUCGCCAGAUCCAAUGGGGCUGUCCUUUCUGCCACCAUAUGGCUGCCAGAGUAAUCGAACGGCCAGCGUGGCAGCACUGCGGAUGAAAGCACGUGAACACUCUGAGGCCGUGCUCCAGUCUGCCAACCUGCUUCCGCCAUCCAACAGCAGCCCCGCCGUUGGACCAAAGGUUUCCUUGGACGGUGACCAGGAGAAGGCAAGCCACCCCAAAGAAAAGAUUGAGAGUGAAAGAAGCCUAUGAGCAGAAGAACAGAAGCAUAACUGUAGAGCUAACACUUGAGAUCACUUUAGGACAUCAUUGUGAAUGUUCUCUGAUUCUAACGAUGCUGGAUCUACCCUAUGAUCAAGUUGUGACUCCGUCUGUACAAAAGCUAAGAUGUUCUUACCUGAGUCAAAGCCAAAAGAUGUAAAUAGAUGGAUUCUGGACUUUUGCAGCAUAAUAGUUGCCUGCCUUUGUUUCUUUUAACCAUGUUCAUUCCCCUCUUGGAUUAAUGGGAAGGUAGAAACCUGCUAGAGUUGCCGUGCUGUGGCUCUGGAGUUGGUGUGGAUGAUGAAUGUCACAAACCACUUCCUCAGAACACAUGCAAUUUUAACUAUUCUCUGCUCACCAUGCAGGGAGGAGAUUAUAAUCACAGGCAGGUAAGUCAUCACAGACCAAAUGUGAAAACACACAGUAACUGCAGGUUUCUGAUAAAUUUGCAUACACAAGUGGUUGUUCUGCAAGAUUGGACCUUUGGUGUGCAAUAAAGCUCCAAGCUUCUAGGUCAUUAUGAUAUAGUAGAUUUCUAUUAAGUGGAUAAACUGUUAACAGGAAUUCAUUUAAAAUAUUAAUAGCACAAUUUCUGGUAUACUUUCCACUGCAAUAGGAUUUAUGAAUUUAAUUUAUGCUGUUAAUUUUAACUUGAAGUUCUGAUGAAAUAUGAAUACUGUAACAGUUACAAGGAGUGAGAUAUAACAGGACUCUAUGUAUUGUGGGCUGUAAAUACCAUUAAAAUGUGUGAUUUUAGGAAGAAGAAAUCUUGCAUUUAGUUAAGGGGAAACUGAAAAUGAAGCAGUAAAAUGUAAAGGUCCUAAAUUUGGAAAAAAGUCUUCAUUGUUGCUACUUUAUUUUAACAAGUAUUCAUAAAUUGGGUGUUUUACUGAGAAAGGACAAGUGGGCACACCAAGAAUCAGAUCUCUAAAUUCUGCAGCAAUAUUCCACUGCAAUUUCUUUAAAUAGCCUCUUUCUUUGAUUAAUUGCCAUAUGCUGGGACAAAUUGUGCAUCCCAAUCUUUAAUUAUCAAGUUAAUACCCUUUCCUUCCAAAAUAUGAUUAACUUGCUUAAAAUUCAACUUUAUAUGAUCUGGGUUCUUGUAACCUAACUUUCAAAUUUAAUUGUUUGAUUAAAUUUGUAUUUCCAACAGAAAGGUACAUAAAUAAAUGACCGUUGAACAAAUUAAGAAUACUUAACAGCAUUGCAUCCGAAAAGUAGUUACACUGAUUAAAUUUUCUGUCCUUGUGGAUUUUCAGGAAAUUACUUUUGAUCGUCAAUAACACAAUUAAGUAAACUACACGCACAUUAGCAUGAAUAAUUGAUAAGAAAUUAUGUAUCACCACGAAGUACUGAUUUAAUAAUUCAUGAUGCGACACUAGUGACUAUUGCCAUUCUGGAUAACGUGGAACUCUUGCCUGAAGCUUGAGGCAGUGUGCAAUUACAGGGGGUGGAAGGUGGAAGGUUGUGUAUUUAUGAUGCAUGGUUUAACCUCUUUGUUU